AUGGAGCCACCUCCGCCUCCGCCGCCACCGCAUGGCACAAAUCCUCAAGGCGGUGGCAGGUCUGGAGGUCUCCCUGACGGCAGAUACGACAUUUUUGUCAUCCCUCCACAUUCCUCGGGCUCGGGCUUCCUAUACCUCCCUUCGCUCCAGACACACCGCAAUUCGUUCUUGGCAGGAGUCUUCUGCACCGCAGCCUCCUUCUUCAUCUACUACACCGCUGUGCCCGUUGUCAAGGAAUGGCUAUUAAGCACCAUCAACAGUGGUGGAACGGGAGUCUUCACACUCAUUUGUGGUGUUGCAGUGGUGGCCUGGGCAUUUGGAAAGACUCAGAGUGAAUGGCAAAGCUAUAGCGGAUUUAAUCGUGGAGGUACUGAUACGGGUUCUGGCGGCCCAGGUCAUGGUGGCUACGGCAACACUGGAUCUUACACACAACCUGGACCCCAAUCGCACACUCAACCCCCUCCGCCGCCUCCCCCUCCAAAUCCCGGAGCAACUGGCCCUCCUCCACCUCCGCCUAACCAUGGAACAAGCAGUCCUCCUCCCCAGUCAUCGUGGCAGAGACCGCCACCCCAGGCCAAUACCAAAGCUAAUACUACGAGCGCUAAGUCAAGCUGGGAGAAGGCGAGAGAAGAAACGAGAAAAAGAGAGGAAGAGAGGAAACGAGCCGAGGAAUUGAAAAGACGAAGGGAGGAAUUGGAAAAGGAACGACAGAGACAGAAGGAGGAGUUGGAGAAAGAGCGACAGAAGCAAGAAGAACUAGAAAAGGAGCGGCAGAGGCAGAAAGAAGAACUGGAGAAGGAGCUCCAGAGGCAAAAAGAAGAACUAGAGAGGGAACGGCAGAGGCAGAAGGAGCAUCUAGAGAGGGAGCGGUUGAAGCUCAGAGAAAAAGAGUUGCUAGAGAGACUCGAGCGCGAGCGCAAAGAGAAGAAAGAGCGCGAAGAAAAGGAGGCUGCUGCAAAAGCUGCCGCCGCCGCCGAAGCUGCAGCUGCAGCGGCUGAGAAGGAAAAACAAGAGCAGGCUGCCCGAAGCCCCCCCAAGCGUCCACCCAUGCCGACAGCGACCACGGAACGAGACGAUGAUGCAUACUCCUUUAGACCCUACGACCGACCGAAACGAACACACAAAGCCAAUUCUGCGGCUUCGAUGUACUCAGAAUCAUCGUAUGCCCCGUCAGAAAGCACCGCCAAAACCACACCGCCGCCUUCAGUGCGUGGGCCUUAUUCGACCAAAGACCCUGACAAGAUCAUCAUCAAGGGCGUCUUUUCCUUCAACAAUGCCUUCAUGCGAACCCCGAUUUCCCAGCUGGUAUCUGGACAAGGUAACGUCACAGACGGACUGAUUUUGCGGAUCACGACCGAGGGCCUAUUCAUCGACGACGACGUACGAGGAGUGCCACAGCGUGAGUGGGAUGUUAAGGCCUGGACGAUGAAACUGGCAGAGGUAUGGUGUCCCAGUCUUUCUUGCUUUAAAAAUAUGGAUUCGUGCACCCCCACCCGGGAGUUUUACCCGGGAUUCGGAUUGAACGCCGACUCGAGGCGGGAACCCCCUUCACCUUCGGAGAAAGAAUCAACAGCUUUUGUCAAUAAGCUAUUGGAUACCUGCCGAGGGAGCUGCGAACUCUCCGGUCUUCACGUCCUCCGCGCUAGCAUUCGCGAUCAAGAAGGCAAGAAAUACGUCUUCAUUCUGUCUCAAUCCGAGGGGUGGAAAGUCGCUGUUGGUCUUCAGCGGCUAAGAAGGGGAACGCAAGUCCGCGCGCUGGGUGUCGCUGGGUUGCCGAUGAACGAGGCCAAGGCAAUUCUGGAGAAUCUGGGGUUUGCGUAG